AUGACCUCUUCCUCCACGGCCUCCACCCGAAUGCAGCAACCCAGGCCCUUGACCCCAUCUCUCGUCACUCACACCUUGUGGAGAACGGCCAGCCGCCAAUCACCAACCUGCAGCCGUGCCGUUGGCUGCCCCAGGGCUGGAACAAGUACUCCUUGA